GGUCGUAGACAAGAUGGCGAGCUGCGAGCACUGGUUGUAAGACCUCACAAGAGGGUUUUCUCUAAAUUUAACGGCUGAAGUGACGAAAUUAAGCAUUAUUAAAAGCUCCUGGGAUGGCCCGUUCUAAAAGGGCAGGGAAGCCAGCAAAGAAGAAAGUUGAUAACAAAGAGGAAGUUUAUGAUGAACCAGAUCCUGCAGAAGAUGACUUUUUCCAUGAUGAUGUUGAUAAGUUUCAUGCUGAAAGAGAAAAGAUUCUUCUAGACAGUACAGCCUACAACAAGGAUGGGCAAGAGGAGUCUAGUGAUGAUGAUCAACAGGAUGAGGAAGUAAUGGCACUCAAUAUUGAUGAGUCUGAUGAAGAAAGUGAGGAUGGUGAGGGUGAUGAUGAUGAGGAGGAGGAAGAUGAUGACCUCAAUAUCAAUGAAGAUCGCCAUGGUGAAAUUGAUGAGGAAGAUGAAGAAGAAGAAAGUGAAAAUGAAGAGGCUGGAGAGAAAGGCAUUCCAAGCCAGAAGUCCUGGGGUAGAAAGAAAGCUGCAUUCUAUGAUGCUGAUAUUGUGGAAGAGUAUGCAGGCUCUGAUGAAGAUAUGGAUAAGCUGGCAGAGGAGGAAGAAGAAGAAGCUCUGGCUCUACAGAAGCACAUGGCUGCCUCUUUAGAAGAACAAGAUUUUGAUGCAGCUGAUUUUGAGCUUCCAGAAAGUGCUCACAGGAAAGACAAAGACAAUGAACUGGACAAGGAGAAGAUUGUUCAGGACCUUUCAAAGCUGUCGAAAGCAGAGAAGAUUCAGGUAUUGGGCAAUUUAGUUAUCUUGUUGCUUGAUAAAUAAAUCUACCAAAAAGUAUGAGCCUAACUUCUUGUUCACUCUCAAACUUCACAACAUGUACAUGUUGUGAAGUUUGAGAGUGAUCUCAGUUCUCUCUUCCAUAAGUAAAAUAUUUGAGAGAUGUAUUUUUAAUCAGCUGAUAUCUUAUCUUACGAAUAAUAAUAUGAUUUCCUCAAAACAAUAUGGAUUUAGACCAGGUUUCACAACCUCUGAUUGUCUAAUUGACCUUAUUGAAGAAAUAACUUC